AUGAAGACAGCUGACUGUUUCCGUACAAGACCGUACCGUUUGAUAGUUGUAAAGGUGCUGAUUGAAAUUGUGAAGUUAAUGAAAAUUGGUACUCUCUUGGAACUGUUGAUAAUCCUAGAACAUAAACACCCCCACCCCCCCAAAAAAUCAUUCGGAAACUCAACACCAAACCAAAACCCUAGCCCUACGUUCCUUGCCGCCGCCGUCCCUAGGUUCUCGGCGCCUCCACUUCUUCCUCUUCCCCUGUUCGGAACCCAGGUAGCUCGGCACGUCGCCCCAUCCUCGUUGGUUUCUCUGUUCGUGGCUUGGACCAGCUCGCCGUCGUCUCGCCGCUUGCCGUCCGUGUCUCCGUGGAAGUUAAAUCCACUGUAUGCAAAAGUUUUUCUACCUGAUGAUAUGUUUCAACAACUAUUUUCUAAAAGAAUUUCAUCAAAAGAGCUUAGUGAUGUUCCUAAUGACCCAUCAACGACCAGUGUUGCUCCAAAUAACAAGUUGCUAGAAGAAGAGGUGAUGAACAAGUUGGAAGAUAUCAAGUUGGCCUAGUGGAACAGUAUUCAGGUUAUAUGAGGAAGAGGAGAAGAUAGAAGUAAUGCAAAAACUGGAAUCGAUUCUUAAAAAACUCAUGUCAUUGCAAAAAUACUUUUUUUUUAAAUAGCAUUUUUUUCUAUUAUAGUUUUUCAAUAGCUUUUUUAUGUUAUUAUUAAUAGCUUUUCUACCCAAUAGUUUAUGCUAAUAAUAAAUGGAAUACAAUUGUAUUUUCUGUUAAAUGAAUAUGUUAUUUGUU